AUGGUCGCCAAAGAAGAUGCUAAUUCAGCUGUGGCUGACAAAGGUCACGACGCUAGCGCAUCGGCGACAGAUUCAAAUAUCGCAAGCAAUCAGAGUGAAGAACGUAUGGGGGGGAGCAGUUUGAAGAAGGCAAAGACAAGUGCAAACAUUUCGGAAAAGAAAGCCUCGAAGGCGGGGACCGGUGAUUCAGCAAACAGGCAGAGGAAAGAUACUUCGUAUAUCGGCUGGCAACAAACAGGGAACUGGGAGGAGAAAGAUGAGUUGACGGCGGAGGAUGAACUGCUAGAUUUGACAAAGGAUACUCUGCUUGAUAACGUUUUGCCAGAUGCAGUGUACGGUGACUGGUACCAUUUCGUUGGGAUCAUUUUCUUAGGUGGGUUCCUGUCCUUUUUCCUCGGUUACUUUAAGUUUUCGCUAGCUCCAGUUUUCUUCGUUAUUGUAGUAUCUACAUUGUUUUACAGGACAUCUGCCAAAAAAUACAGAGGGUCGAUCAGAGACUUGGUGCAGAAGGAGUUUACAGUACAGAAAAUUGAAAACGAUUACGAAUCCUUUGAAUGGUUGAACUCGUUUUUGGACAAAUACUGGCCCAUAUUGGAACCCUCGGUAUCACAGAUGGUCGUCGAGCAAGUUAACGAAAUUCUAGCUACAAAUACAGCUAUACCAUCGUUUAUCACUGCCAUAUGGAUCGACAAAUUUACCGUUGGUGUGAAACCACCUAGAGUCGAGGCUGCCAAGACAUUUUUGAACACAGCUCCAGACGUCGUUGUUAUGGACUGGAUCUUAUCCUUUACCCCUCACGACCUAUCAGACAUGACCGCUAAGCAAGUGCGGAAUUACGUUAACGAGGAGGUCAUGGUCAAAGCGAAAAUGUUCGGUAUGACACCCUCGGUAACAGUCUCCGAACUCGCAUUUAAGGCCAAGGCAAGAGUUCGGUUCACGUUGAUGACUGCGUUCCCUCACGUGGAAACGGUCAACUUGCAGCUACUGGAGGUACCAGAUAUUGAUUUUGUGGCUACUGUCUUUGGUAAUUCCAUCUUUAAUUGGGAGCUUAUGUCCUUCCCAGGGCUCACCAGCUUCAUCAAAUUGAUGGCUAAUAAGUACAUGGGACCCAUUUUGUUGCCCCCCUUCUCUCUUCAACUGAACAUACCAACUUUAUUAUCAGACUCUAACGUCUCGAUCGGUAUUGUGGAGAUAACAAUUAAGAAGGCCACCGAUUUGAAGACCGGUACUAAUGUUUUGAACCAAUCUGUGGAUCCAUACUUAUGUUUCGAGCUAGAUAACAAGAAGGUCGGUCAAACGAGAACAGUGAGAGAUACACUCAACCCAAUAUGGAAUGAAACUUUAUUCGUGCUGUUGAGCUCGUACACUGUGCCUUUGACCAUUAGUGUUAUGGACAAGAGAAGCAAACUAAAGGAUAAGAAGAUUGGUAGAAUAGAGUUCAAUAUGAACUCAUUGUAUGACAACCCCAAUCAGCGCGAUAUCAAGGAGCAGUUUUUAAGAAACUCAAAGCCAGUUGGUGAACUAGUUUUCGAUCUCAAGUUCUUCCCAACAUUACAAGCCAGAAGUUUGCCCGAUGGUACAGUGGAGGAAAUGCCGGACUUGAACACUGGUAUUGCUAAGAUCGUUCUUGACGACAUCGAAGGUAUUGCCGAGGAGAAGAAGAAGGAAAGCUACUCGGUUGAUGUAUACAUGAAUGCCAAAUUUAUCGGCAAAACAAGCAAGGGUUCUUCCUCGGAGGUUAUCAAGUUUGGUGACGAAUUCGAAUCCAUUAUCCCAGAUCGCCGUAAGACAAGAUACAGAUUCGUUGUCAAGGACUCAAAGAACAAUGUCGUCACAGCUGUUAUGCAAAGUUUGAACGAUCUGAUUGAUAGAAGUGAAAUUGACAAGAAGCAGAUCCCAUUAAGAGGUACAAAGGGAGCUUUGAAGGUAUCGACAUACUGGAGACCAGUAAGACUGGACUUCGGUAACAAUUCAAUUGCCUACACCCCACCUAUCGGUGUACUUAGAGUAUUCAUUAACAGGGCAGACAACUUGUUGAACUUGGAGAAGAUUGGUAAGAUCGGCCCAUACACUAAAGUCUUAGUUAACGGUACUUCGAGAGGGAGAACUGAGGACAGGAAGGGCACACUAAGCCCAGUCUGGAACCAAUCUAUAUAUGUGGCUGUCACAUCUCCAAACCAAAGAAUCACAUUGGAAGUUAUGGAUGUAGAGACUUCUAGGAAAGAUCGUAGUGUCGGUAAAUUCAACAUCGACGUCCAGGACCUUUUCCACAAGAAUAAAGAUAACGAAUAUGAGGAAUGCAUUGACAAAUCUCCAAGGACUGGCCGUCUGAUUACAAAGAAAGGUCCAAGAGGGAAUUUGACUUAUUACCUUUCAUUUUACCCUACGUUGCCAGUUCUAACACUGGAAGAAAUGGAGGAAGCCAAGAAGCUUGAGAAAAAGAGACAGUUUGUGGACGAGCAUAAGGACAAUGCCAAAAAGCUCACCGAGGUGGAACGUCAGAAACUCGAAGAAGAAAAGCUUGUGGUCGAAGAGAUGGACCAAAUUCUGAAACAGAAAAAGAAACUCGAGUUGAAUGAGUUAAUGGACCACAAAUCAGGUGUUCUGGCAGUUUCUGUUCUGGACGGUACGGUUCCUCAACCAGGAGUAUACGUACAAGCAUUCUUUGAUGGUAACAACCACUCAAGGUUCACCAGUCCUCGGAUGAACAGUGCUGUUAUAAGUAACGGUUGGACUGGUGACGUGGCAAUCAAAGAGCUAGAUUAUUCUAUGACUACCUUCAGAGUAACGGAAAAUCCAAACGCCAGUAAGGGCGAAUCGUGCUUAUGUGAAGUAUCGUUGGCCACUGCAGAACUAAUUAAGGGUUGUUACCAUAGACCUUCCAUCGUGCAGAUGUCUGGUGAAGGUGGUGGUAAAUUGUUGGUUCAGGUUCAAUGGUUCCCAAUUGAUGUCAAAGAAUUACCACAGUCAGAUUUGAUCACCAACUCUGGGGAAUUGACUGUAUUGGCCAAGAAUGCUGAUAACCUAACGUCAGCGGAUACCAAUGGUUACUCAGAUCCAUACUUGAAGUUCUUCAUAAACGAUGAAAAGAAUGCUAUCUUCAAGACUCACGUGGAGAAGAAGACACUGAAUCCGGUAUGGAACGAGGCUGCUACUUUCCCGAUCACGAACCGUGUCAACGAUACAUUGCGCAUUCGCGUGAUGGAUUGGGAUAUGGCGUCAGGUGACGAUGCAAUUGGUACUGCAGUGGUCAACCUGGCCGAUGUCAAACCCGAAGGGACUACCCCGAUGGAUGUUCCUGUGACGUAUGAAGGCCAAGAUGGUGGUAUGUUACACCUUGAGUUCUCGUUCAGUGCAAAAUACGUGACUGCUCGUGCACCUGAGCGUCAAACGAAAACUGCAGAAGUCACAACUAAAGGGCUCGGCACGGGACUCAAAGCUGGGACCACAGUUGUGAACACGGGUAUUGGUGCCGUUGGGAAAAUUGGGAAGGGCAUAUUCCACGUUGGUAAACUUGGGAAAGGCAAGGGUAAAAAGGAAGGGGUCAAUGAGACAGAAGCUGACACUGAAUUUUAG